UCCCUGUUUCUAGUUUCACAGGGAUCUACAUAGGCGAUGGAAAAGUCAUUCAUUUCACUCGUGGAGAUGGUCCAGUAAUGAGAAAAGGUACUUUUGUAGACAAGAUCAUUGUUAGUUCAAUGACUAAUCACGGAGGUUACAAUCCUUGUCCUAACUGUGGCAAACGAUCCAAUACCCGUGGUGUAAUCUCUUCUUGUCUUGAUUGCUUUCUCGCCGAAGGAAACCUCCAUCUCUUCAAGUACAAUGUCUCUCUAGCCACCUUCAUGUCCCAACUUCGAGGAGGUACAUGCACAAUAGCACCUUCAGACCCUUCCAAUGAAGUCAUUUCCCGUGCGAAGUUCCUUUUACUGAGAAAUGGGUUUGGUGACUACCAUCUUUUCAAGAACAACUGUGAAGAUUUUGCUAUCUAUUGUAAGACUAGUUUGGUGGUUGGCAAAAGCUAUGUGCUUGGAAGAAACGGUCAAGCCAAUACGGUGGGCUUAGCUGCUUGCGUAGCACGCAUGCUUACUCCUUUGGUCAGAAAUGUUAUUCGUCUCUUUUUCGACGUUGGUAUGCGAAAGGAUGCUAUCAAAGUGCCUGUCGAGAGCCUCGUUGCAUGGCGGAAUAAGGACGAUACAACUGUUACGAGGAAAAGAAGACUGCAACAUAAAAAUAAACAUAGUGUUUUAACUUUUUACAAACAUAUUGUAAAAUUCCGAUUCCUGAUAUGAGUAAAUUAUAUAUGUUGAAAGAUUUUAAAAUUUUAUUUGACUAUCUGUAAACUUGAGAUGAUAUUAUAAACUCUAAACUUCUGUUUUGUAUUGACCAUUAACGUGAGUAUAUAUACAAAGGCAUAAGCCGACGUCGAGACGUAACCCUAGAGAAAAUAGGAAACAUAACAUAAGAGUAAGACGGUUUAGUUAUCUAAGAUACACUUUCCUAAUACUCCCUUUCAAGUUGGAGAGUGAAGGUCUUGAACACCCAACUUAGACAACAACGCUUCAAAUUGGGGACGUCCCAAAGCUUUGGUUAAAAGAUCUGCAAUUUGAUCUUUCGACUUGACAUGAAUGGUUGAAAUAAGACCUGCUUUAACUGCAUCACGUACACUGUGACAAUCACGCUCAAGAUGUUUCGUACGUUCAUGAAAAACAGGGUUAGCAGCAAUAUAAAUAGCUGCUUUACUGUUACAAUAAAAUGAACAGGUUUAACAAUCUUGACUGAGUUGACUCCAAGAUCCUCCACCAAAGGAACAAUCCAUUUGACUUCUUUAACAGCCGUGGCCAUGACCCUAUAUUCCGCCUCUGCGGAUGACAUAGACACCGUGUCUUGCUUCUUAGUCUUCCAAUCAAUAGGUGAAUCACCCAAAUCAAUAGAAUCAUAUAAGAUACAUUUUCCUAAUACUAUCCACAUCAUUAAAGUGUAUUUACAAGUCUUUCAAACUUUUCGAAAUAACAUACCAUUUGUCGCCUUGUCGGUAAGAUGGUAAAGUUGUCAAAGAUCUAACGUGGGGCCCAUUGGCAGAGGUGGUAUAAACAUAAACACAAGGACAGUUCGAAAAUCUGUUAAUGCGUGGGUUUCUCAUAUCCACUCACGACACGUGAUGUGUUUCCUACGUGUAUGAGUAUUAUCUGUUACCGUGUUACGAUUUACGAAAGGGCUUUUUAUGGUAAAAUAAUAGGAGUUGUGUUGCUUGCUCCAGAAGGAACACGGUUUGGUAAUAAAAAUAAUAAUAAAAUAAAUUUCUGUAGUAAUAAUAAAUUCAAGGAAAAAGACAGAGAGAGAAAAGCCAACUCAUUAAAAGCAAAAUCGGAUCUGUCCUUUGUCCGUAGAAGAAGAAAGAAGAUGGGAUUGCUCUCGAACAAGAUCUCCAGAGAUGAACUCAAAGCAGGCGAUCACAUCUAUUCAUGGCGUUCUUACAUCUAUACCCAUCACGGAAUCUAUGUAGGAGAUGGGAAAGUAAUUCAUUUCACACGUGGAGGUGGUUUAGAGAUUGGAACAGGGACUAUUCUGGACAAGAUCAUCGUUAGUUCUGUUCCUCAUCAUGGAGACAACCCUUGUCCUGAUUGCGGAGAUCAAACCAAUCUCAACGGUGUGAUCUCCUCUUGUCUUGACUGUUUUCUCUCCGGAGGAAACCUCUAUCUCUUCGAGUACAAUGUCUCCAAGGCCAUCUUUCUCGCUAAACAGCGAGGAGGUACCUGCACUAUCGCAGCUUCGGAUCCUCCUGAAGACGUCGUUGCACGCGCGAAGUUCCUCUUAUUGAGAAAUGGGUUUGGUGAGUACCAUCUCUUGGACAACAACUGCGAAGAUUUCGCCAUCUAUUGCAAAACUGGUUUGCUCGUGUUGUCCGUGACCAAGUCGGGGAGUAGUAGCCAGGUGAAUUCGGUGUGUGCAGCGGGCGGUGUUGUUACUUUGACACUCAGGGCGUUAGGUGUGGGAACGAGUGGUUCCUUGGCGACAGCGUCUCCAGCUUUGACGGUUUCUGCUUCAACGAGUGCUCUUUCUACGACGCUUGGAGCUGUGGCUACUGGUGUUGGAGCUAUUGCUUUGACGGGGUAUGGUAACUACUGUAUUGGUCGUCUGGCUUAUGAUGUUGGUGUGAGGAAAGAUGUUCGCAAGGUCCCUGUGGAAGAGCUGGUUGCACUUAUGGCAGUUAUACAAGGGAAAUCUGAAUCAGACAACAACAACAACAAGAUCGAGUCUAAACUUAAUUAGCAUUUGUUUUGGUUAAUGAGUUGGUGACUAAUUUGUUAUGUAUUGUGUAAACUGUGUUUUUGACUAUUUAUGAAAGUGGAACAUACAGUAAAAAUAUAUUAAAUGAGAGAAAUUGAGAGUAAA